CAUGCCAUCCUAUUAUUGAAGUAGCAGGGUUCACUCUGUUCUGGGUGCGGACUUGCAAUUGUAGGCCGGUUGGUCGAUUAAUCACGAGAGAUGUGGCGCUUGUUCCUUAAUGCAGCCGGGACUGCAAAGUCGGAGGGAGCUUAUGCGGGCCUUGUACGUGGGUUUGCAUCACAGGCGGCGUAUAAUCCUGCUGUAUUUGUCGAUAAGAACACUAAGGUUAUCUGCCAGGGUAUCACCGGCAAGAACGGCACCUUCCACACCGAACAGGCUAUCGCGUAUGGCACCCAGAUGGUGGGUGGCGUGACGCCCAAGAAGGGUGGCAGCACUCACUUGGGCCUCCCCGUGUUCAACUCCGUCAAGGAGGCCAAGUCCGCCACGGGCUGCCACGCUAGCGUCAUCUACGUGCCGCCGCCCUUUGCGGCGCGCGCCAUCCUGGAAGCAGUGGAAGCGGAGCUGGACCUUGUGGUAUGCAUCACGGAGGGUAUCCCGCAACACGACAUGGUCAAGGUGAAGAAGACGCUGCAGGAGCAGAGCAAGACCCGGCUCAUAGGGCCCAACUGCCCGGGCAUUAUCAAGCCCGGCGAGUGCAAAAUUGGGAUUAUGCCGGGCUAUAUCCACACGCCGGGGAAGAUCGGAAUCGUCAGUCGAUCCGGAACUCUCACGUACGAGGCGGUGUUCCAAACCACUAAUCAGGGCCUGGGUCAGUCCACGGUGGUGGGCAUCGGCGGCGACCCCUUCAAUGGCACCAACUUCGUGGAUUGCUUGGAGCGCUUCGUCAAGGACCCCCAGACCGAGGGGAUCAUCAUGAUUGGUGAGAUUGGCGGGACAGCUGAGGAGGAGGCAGCGGAGUUCAUCAAGGCAUCUGGGACGCAAAAGCCCGUUGUAUCCUUCAUCGCAGGCCUGACUGCGCCCCCGGGACGGCGCAUGGGCCACGCGGGUGCUAUCAUCUCUGGCGGCAAGGGCCGCGCCUCGGACAAAAUCGAGGCGCUGGAGUCCGCUGGCGUCACAGUGACCCGGUCGCCCGCACAAAUGGGUUCCACCAUGAUGCGUGUAAUGCGGGAGCGGGGACUGGCCUGAAGCGGCAACAGCAACAGCAGGCGGCACGAGGAAGGGGGAGAGGCCUGCUAUAGGGGCGUGAAAUCAAGUGAGGGCACUGCCGAUUGCCACAAGGCGUGUGGGGUUGAGACGUACGUUAUUGUUGCACACUCCUUGUGGAGAGGCACGAAGAGGCUUGAGACGGCGAAGGAACUAAGUCGCUGUUGUGUGCCUGACGAGCGGAUGGCGAUACUGCGGCUUGUAAGUGUCGUAGGUUAGGCUGACAUCGGGCCGGGUUGUGCACAAAGCUGUUUGAACGGCAUCCUCUUUCCCACGUUGCAUGUUGAAGCACGGAGAUGUUGGCCCCAAACUGGAUGUGCGUGCAAGCGCCAGGACAUGUCGGGGGAUGUUACAGACAGGCGCGGCGAUGUUGUUGAGAUUACAGACAAGGAGUCUGAAGAAGCAAUUUGCAAGUGCCGUUGCCUGGAUAUGCGUAGCUUCGCGCAAUACAUGAUAGCACAGCAUGAAAGCAAAGCUGCAAAGUAAGAAGUACGGCAGUGGCGCCAAAUUGCUCUCCUCGUGUUAACGCAAGGUUUGUGUAAAUAUAAUUAUCCUGCU